AUGUGUAAAAAUUGCUAAAAUUUUAGUUUUCUAAAAAAGCUAUUAUUUCACCUUUUGCAUGAAGGGAUCAAUUUAUUUUUUAUACUAAAAUUGUAUGGUAAUCAAUAUCUAUUAAACAUUUGUUAUAGAUUCAUCAAUACUACAAUUAUUUCUUGUUGGAAUUGUUUGGGGAGUUACAAAUCCAUUUAUAAAAUUGGCAACAAAUAAAGUAAAAAGACGAAAUAAGAAAUUUGAUUUGGUUUCGCAAGUCACUGACCAUUUGAAUAACCGGAACGUGAGUAUAUACUCAAAUGACAAAUAUCUAACAAAAUAUUGAAAACAAUAAUAUAAAAAUUUAAAUGAGUUUUAUUAUUAUUUUAGUAUUUGAUACCAUUUGCUAUCAAUCAAUGUGGUUCAUUGUUGUUCUAUUUCACUCUUAAAAACUCAGGUAAAAAAAAAUUGUAUCAAUUUAUAUUAUUAUUAGUCUGUUUUAUAUUGCUUAAAAAAAAAUUUCUAGACAUAUCUUUGGCUGUUCCAAUUGCGAAUGGAAUGUCAUUUGUGAGUACAUCGAUUGUAGGCCCCUUGCUCGGAGAAGAAAAGCCAAAAUUUAGUAAGUUUAUGUGAAAAAAAAAUUUAAUUUUAAAACAUUGGUUGCAUUUCUCAGACGUACUUGUCAGCAAAAUUAUAGCAUUUUAUAAAAUCAAUUGUAUGUACCAGGUACCUACCAAUAAUAUUUGAUUUCAGUUUGAAUAGGUAGGUUAAUAAUUACCUAAACAAUAAAAAAAGUCCAAGUAGAUACUCCAUCAAAGUAUUUGACCGAAUUUGGGAGGGCUAAUUCAAAUUAACUUUUAUUUUUGUUACAAAAAAUAAUAAAUAAUACUUUUGAAACAAUUUCGAGGGUGGAGGUUGACCCGCUAGUUACCACCUGAGUCCUACCUAUAUAUAUGAGUACUAAAGAAAAAAACAUGUCAUGAUCAAAUAAAUUAGGCAGGUUAUACCAACAAUGAUAAAAUCUCUGUUGAAAUAAGUUUUUAUAUAAUGAAUUGUUUAAUUUGAUCCAAGUCAAGGACUUUUGUUUUAAACAAUAAUUGAAAUCUGAAUGAUUUAUUUUUUUAUUAUAUUUACCAGCUAUACCGUUUUUUAAAGUAGUAAAGAAAUAUUUUACACAUGGUGGGGGGAGGCAAAAAUAUAGAAAGUGUAACUAUGGGUCUCUUUCAAAUAUCUUUCCUUCCUCCUCAUUAGACAUAUGUUGGGGAAGGGCUCAAUCCCCCCCUUUAUUUGUGUUAACAUUUUAUUUUUACUCCAUAGUUAGUUCUAAAAUUAAAUAUUUAUCGAACCAAAAUUCAUAAUUUUUUUUAAUGCAUGUAUAGUGAAUUUGUAUACAAUUUUUUUGUGAAUAGGAAUGAUUUUGUUUAUUCAUAAUAUUAGUUAUAAUUAAAUGCCCAUGAAGAAAAAUGUUUACACAUUUUCAAAUGAGAUACUGAAAUUGUAAACGUUUCUGUUUAUUUAUUAAUCAAGUAUCAAAUAGCAGAAUUGUACCUUAUAAAAGUUAUAAUUAUAAUAUAAAUAUUAUCUAUUAAAAUAUAUUUUGAAGCAAAGGCAUCUAUAAUAUUUUGAUAAUCAAUUUUAGAAGCUAUUUCUUAUAGCUUUUUACAAUAGUGUACCUACAUGUAUUUAAAAUAAUAAUAUUACAACAUCUUGUUUAUUUAAUAUGGGUGUUAAAUCAGAUUAUUAUUAACUUUAUGUGUUGUGAGCACUGUAUAGCCUGUGGCUAAAACCUAAAAAUAUUUUGCUUCAAUAUUUUUUGGCACGAGACCUUUCAUGAAUCAUGAAAUCCUGGACAAAUGUCCAAUCUGCCUUAACCUUCCACCGGUACUGGUUUUAAUUUAAAAUAUUAUUUCCAUUUUUAUAUUAGGUGAAUAAUGAUUUUUAAAAUUCCGUGUUUAGUUUUUUUAUUUCAAUAAUAUAAUAAAUAUGAAUUUAAUUUAGUAAAUCCUUGAUGAUUAUUCGCAGGCUCAUAUAAGUGCAUGGGGAGAAUGAAACAAUAAUACAUUUUUUAUUUUUAGAAAAUAUAUAAGUUAAUAUAUUUUUAUAAACAACUACCCUUUAACUCAACUUAGGUAGGGGAGGUAAAUCUUACCUCCCCUUACUAAAUAUAUUUGUUGGUUUGUCCAGUUAUUCAAAUGUAUCUAAGGAUAAUAGCACAGAUUAAAUAUACUGUUGAUAGUUCACUCUAAGGACAAACAUAACAGCCAGAUAAAUAGACGUUUUGGAUCCCAAAGGAAUAGUUCUAGUGGACCGUAAAUCCUGAUGAGAUUAAUUAUACUUCUAACGACCCUAUACAUACAAAUAACUUAAAAAAGCCAGAACAUUUUAUGAUGAAUAUCAAGUCUUCAUGAUGAUUUUUUAAUUACAAAAAAAUAAAACUGAAAGUAAUAGAAACUAUAGUUUCUGUUAUUGCAUAAUCAUUCCAGUUUUUCCCAACUUCAAUAUAAAAAAAAAACACCUCAAAAAAAACCAAUUAUUACUAGACAAAACUUUCUGCCAGAAACCAUCUCUGUAGUUUGUUAUUGUAUAGAAAUUCCUUAUAGAAAAAUUGUUUACAUGCAGACAAAUUUAAUCUAUAAUAAUAAAUCUACAUAAAAUGACGAUUAAUGUAAGAAUUAAUAUUAUGUAAUCAAAAUUUGAUUUUUACAAAAUAAAAUACCUAAAUACCUAAUGCAAUUUUCAGAUUUUACACAUUUAUCUUUAUUUUCCAUGUAAAUGUUUAUUGUUAAAAAUGCCACAAAUAUGUAAAGUUUUAGUGAAAAUAAAUAGUUUUGGUGUUUCAUAAUUCAUGUGAUUACAUUCAGAUAGUGUUCCACUACACUCUAGGUACUUAUUUUAUCAUCAUCAUUGUUCGCAAAAAUAAAAAAUUCAGCCAAAAAACCACUAAAUUUUUAAUACAUUUGACACCACUUGAUAAUCAAAAGUUGGUAAUGUGGUUUCACCGUCAAACACGGGGCCACAGAAAACAAGGAUUACAUUGUACUAUACAUAGAACAGGAUGUUAAAUUGUGCAAAAAUAAACCUUUAAAAGAAUUUGAUUAUUGUACAUAUUCCGAAAUAACAUGAGUGUUUUAGGGAACAUUGAUCAGUCUGUACCUUAAAGUUGACAGUUAUUAUAUAAUAUAAUAUAUGAUAAGUGAUUUAAUGCCAAUCUUCGAAAACAAGAAAGUUUGAAGAAAUUUUAAAUUAAAAUUGUAUAUUAAUUUGUUAUAACAUAAGUCCACUUAUAAGUAUAUGAAAAAAAAAAAAAAACAAAAAUCGUAUAAAUUUGAACUAACUCAAAAAGCCCCUCAUAUUAUGAAAAUAGCAGCACUUCUAGAAGGUGCUAAUAUUAUAAGUAAUAAGUAUUCAGUGAAUGUAUUAUUUUUCUACAACUUUUUUUCACUGAUUAAAAUAGGUAAAACAAAAAAAAACAAAAGAUAAAAUGCUUUGAUUUUGACUACUUCCUUCAAAAUAUGAACUCUAAAUAAAAAAUAAAAACUGUGACUAGUGAUUUUUGUUGCCACAAAAAACAUUAAGUUUUAAGAAAAACUUGAAGAAACUUUUAUCAAACUUUGAAAAGCCAAGCAAAUAUUCAAGUGUUGGUAAAACCGAAUAAUAACCUUGAAAAUGUUUAAUAACUAAAUUACUAAAAAAAGGUUAGAAAGUUAUAUAGUUAUAAAAAGAAAGUUAUAAAGUUAAUUAAUUUAUAUGUGUACGUAACAAUAAAUCAUAUAUAUUGCUAAUAAAAUACAAUUUUGAAUGUAGAUUUGUUAAACAUGUUUGUUUUUAAAUGCUAUGAUUUGUACAAUCAUUGUCAAAAUAAAAGUUGUACAUUCAUAAUAGAACCAAUAAAUUACUCGCUAUUUGUAGAUUCUUAAAAACCGCCAUGUUUUGAUAAUAUUGUACUAUGUUUAGAAAGUGCUAAUACAAAUGUUUAAUUAAAGUUUAAGCUCUCUACUUUUUUUUUGUAACUGAAUUUAUAAAAAAACCAUAUUAACAAUACUUAAUAAUAAUGUUGUCAAUAUUGCAUACAUAUUCCAGAUUUUCCUUAUUUUUAAAAAAAUCAAAAAAUUAUCACACUAACUGGACAAAACAUCACUAUCAGAAACUAUCUUUAAAGUUAAUGAGCUAAGCAAUAUUUCUAUUAUAGGGUCACCCAUUUAUUAUACACCAGCAACUUUCAUGGUUAAUUUUAAGUCAAUUUGAUUAUUGUUUUUUUUUUUUCAAUUAUUUAAGCUUUAUUUUAUCAUAAUUUUCAAUUUUUACUCCUACUGACUAUAAUCCUUAUACCUUAAGUAAUUAUAUAGUACCUAUAUAUUUUUAAUUUUGGGGAUUUCUAUUUAAAAAUCUAAAGUAUAUAUACUCAUUUAAGGCAUACAGAGUAUUGGUACAAAAUUAAAAUAGUGUUAAAGAUAAGGUGAUUCCAUAAUGAUUGGAAUAAAUGGAAAUUAUAAUUUCUCUUGAAAUCUUCCAAGAAAAUCAGUGAUUCAUGACAAAUGGAUCACUCUAUAGAGUAUCCCACAAUGAUCUGACACUUGAAAUAACUUUUGUAAUAUUCAAUAUUUGUAAUAUUUAUAUUUUAAAUAAUUAGUAUACAUCUGCACUACAGAUAACAUAUUUUUUCCUUUUAGGUGGAUGUACUUAAAAUUUUAAACUUAAAAAAAAAAAUUAUAUUAGUAAUUUUAUAAAAUAAAUAUGUUUAGAAAAUUUUUGGUGAUUAAAAUUAUUAUUAAGUUUUAGGCUUUUAUUUUCAACAAUUUUUUGAAGUUUUGGCAAUUAUGAAUAUUAUUCUGGUUUAUAAUCUAUUAUAAUAUUUAAUCAGUUGUCAGAGCACAUCAAAUGACAAGAAUUUCCUUUUCUAUUAGUAAAAUAAUACAUUAAUUAUACUAGGUACCUACUAAUUAAAUAAUAUAACAUAUUAUAAACCAUAAUAAUAUAUUCAAACAUGAAAAAACUGUAAACAAUUUUAUAAAACAAAAAUUUAAUCUUAAAUUAAAUGUCUAUUUUGAAUUUGUUUUAAAAAAUUAUAGUAAAAUUUUAAAUUUUAAGUCCCCACCUAAGAAAAAAAUUAAUUUAUAACUGCAGCGCAAAGAAAUACUUAUUAUUAAUUGAUACUGAGAACGGGGUAUCACUGUUGUAGAUGGGAAGUUGGGAAGGUAGAAGGUCAUUUAAUUUAUAUUUGUACAACUAUAUAUGCAACGAUAAACUAUUGCUAAGGAAAAAGGAUUCGGCGCAAAGUUCGACUACACAUGUUUUAAAAGGCCAUAAUAUUUACAAUUUUUGUCAAAAUUUGAUAAUAAAAUUCUUAUAAAUACUACAUUAAACUCAAACUUUUUUUUUUGCUACAAAUUACGAUUUAUAAUGAACCUCUUAUUGAAUUUUCAAGCAUUUCGUUGUUAAACCAAACAAUAUUUUUAACUAAAAAACAAAAUUCAAAAUUAUUAAAGCAUUAUUUUCGUACAUUUUCCCGUUUUUUCUAAUGCUUUUUUUCAGGUUUGCUCAAUUAUUAAAAUAACUAUACAGGAAACCAAGAAACGACCUUAUUACUCACCAAUAAGAUUAAAAAUGCAAUAAAAAAAGUCCCGUUGUUCUUCUAUUGGAGCAAUAUUUCUGGUAAAAAACGUUAAAAUUAAAUUUCGUUUAUUUGGCGUAAAAAUUUAAAAUAAUGAAAUCGUAGUACAGUAAAUUUAUUAGUUUUUAUGUUUCGUCUUUUUUGGUUUCUUCCAAUUAUUAUGAAAACCUCUUAAAAAAUCGAAAAUGUUUCGUAUUUGACACUAACAGAUUAAAUAAACGAAUAAAAGACCUCUUGUAAUUUUUUGAUUAGAGCAAGUUUUCUUGGACAAAUUUUGUAUACAAUAUAUGUAAAAAAAAUUAACACUGUAAAACCGAUAUAUUCCUCGCUUCGUUCAGAAUAAAAAAAAAAUAUGUAUUGAUAUUUGUUGAAUAAAACAAGUUAUUUCAAGUGUCAGAUAAUCGCGAGACACCAUGUAUAUGCACAUAUAUAUAUAAUUUAUUAAAAUAUAUGCAAUAUAAGCACCUAUCUAUAUGUAAUUAGUAUUUUAUUGCAUAUUUGUGUAGUGUACACAAAAAAACUAUUUUAUAUAUUGUGUUGCGAUUAGGUGUAGCUAUAUUAUGCAAGUUGCCUUUUCGGUUUAUCAAAAAUAUUUCGUAACUAUUCGACAUUGAGAAAAAUUAAGUACCUUACGUAACUUUCGUUUGAAACACCGACACGUGAAUAUAAUAUAAAGCAAUAAAUAGCAUAUAUACAUAUAAAAACCAAUUCAUGUUCACAAAUUUUUUGUAGGCGUACUUACUAGAUUUUCGUUAUACCAAUUCAUUUUUUUUGGUCCACUUGUUAUAGCAAUUUAUUUCAAGAUAAUCUAUUUAGCUGGGACUGGAGUACUAAGUAGAGUUAUAUAAAAUAAUUAAAACCAGACCCGUAAAAUUUCAGGUUCAGUUUUAAUUUUUUACAGUCCUAAAGUUAAGAGAAAGUGACUGAACUAAAUGAAAAAUCGUUUAAAAGCGAAUUCAAAAAUAAAUAAAUUUGAAAAUAUAAUGAAACCAUUACAGCCAUAAAUCGUCUUGGUUUUUUUACAUUUCAUUGGUGAUUAUUGUAAACUAUAUGGAAAUAAAAGAAUUAAAUAUUGUUAUACUAGAAAGGGAAAGUAGUUUAAAGGUACUUUUGACCCUUGAAACCUCACCGCUACGACACUGCACAAGGAAUGUAUGGAGAUAAAUUCUUUGAUAUUUUAUGGGAAUUAAUUGACAGUUUAAAAAAAAAAUUGUUUAAUACAGUGCUUUAGCCAGGGCUAUUUUUUUUAUUUUUUCGGAAUGAUGUUUUGCAGUUUACGUAAAUUCGUCAUAUUAGUAAAAUACAUUAUUAUUAGUGCUAUUAUAAGCAUACAAUUUAUUGCUUUAUAUUAUUAUAUGUGUAAUAUAAUAAAUUAAAUGAAUCACUAAUUGCAGAAAUGGGACAUGUCUAACGAAAUAGUUAUUACCGGAUUUAUAUUUAUUUAUUUUCAAGAGGUAGCUACAUACUUUAUGAAAAAAGUAGGAUUAGUCCUUCAAACCAUUAUGGAAAUAUCAACAGCUAAAGUUAAUUUUUAAUGCAGAAAGAGAACAUUGUCCCCUUUCUGAGUUAAAUAUCUUAAUACAUUUCUGUGACAACGUGGUUUUUGUGUAAACUAUAAAGUCAUUCAUAAGUUUUUAUUUAGAUUUUAUCAUUAACUGCGAACAAUAUUUCAUCCAUUAUUUAUCAAUAUUAUUUUUAGCCAAUCUAUUUCUGAGUUUGUUUUGUAAAAAUAUUAUUUAUAUUUUUUGAUUUUAAAAUAUUCGUGAAUUAUAAAAAAAAAAAUGAAAUGUGGAUAAUGAUGCGAUUUAUUUAUUUGUCCGUCUAGCUGCUUUUCAAUCUUGCCUAGACAGACAGUUUUUUAUGCUUUCUGUAAAAUUAAGUUUUAGGGACAUAUCCCCUAUCUGCAAUUAGUGAUUAUCUUAUAAGGAUAGAAACUCUGUUUUAACCUUGCAUUGUAAAACUAAAGAGGUAUAAAUAAUAAGUGAUAAAGGAAUAGAUAAGAGUCAUAAAAAAUUUGGUAGUUAUUAUUUAGUAGUAAUCAUAGCUCCUUAUCUCCAACACAAGCUGCAUAAGCUUACAGGAGGUAAGUUAAUCAAUUCUGUAAAAAAUUUAAUUUUGAUGUAUAUUAAAUGUUUUGUUUUUGAUAUCUUAAUAAAAAAAUAAUAAUAAUUAUUCCAGCUUAACAAAAACUUGAUAAAAAAUUAGUGCCUCCUUCCGAAAGUUUUGUAUGGCUAUGGUACUGGUUUAUGCUAUUAAAUUUUUACUUAUUUAUUUUUUGAAAAAAAAAAAAAGAAAAUGUAAUAAAUUAAUAUAAUUCAGUAAAAUAAAUAUGAGUAUAUCUACAACUAACUCACAAAAAUGCACCUAAGCAAGAUUCGGUUUCCACCCUUCGGGUACCUAUUACAGUUGUUAUAGUCUGUACUUCGGUGACACCAUUAUCACAUUUAAAGGCGUACUGGAUACCAGUCAUCAAAGAAAAGGAUAAAUGUUAAUUGUUGUAAUUGAAUUAUAUAGUAUAUUACGAUUCGGAUUAUUUGUAAAGGAAAAGCAAUGGAAUUUCAACGCCUUUCAAAAACUGCAGUAUAUGCAACUGAUAAUAGCUUCACCUACCAAAAAAAAAAAAAAAAAACUAUACACUGAUCUUGUUCAUUUGGUUAAUUAAUAAUUAUUUUAGUAGCACAGUUUGACUAGGCUUAAAAAAGACCAGACUUGUUUUUUUCCUCUAGAGAAACGAUUAAAAUAACGAGUUUGGUUUUAAACGAAUGCGUUAAAAGCAAUUUUACACAACCUAUUUCAGCCGCCGCUGAUAUUAUAUUAGUCACUAUUGCAUGUUCGAUUUGCUUGAUUAAAUAAACCGUUUCAAUAUCAUAUCUGAUCAUCAUAAACAUAUCCGAGACGACAAAAUUGGAAAACAAAAUCCCGAUAUAUUUUUGGCAUUAUCAGGCACGUAGCCAUGAUUAUUUUUUUUUGGAUGUCAACAUAAAAUUUAUCACAAACUACCUAUAAUUGUUGGGGGAGGUGAAAAUUAAAAAGUAAUGGAUAGAAAAUCAAUUGGUGAAGAGCUUAAAUUUCGGAGGGGAGAGGAUUGUUUAGACCCAAUAGACCCCUCCUGGUUACGAAUCUGGAUACUAUAAGUAGUGUGGUCGCCGGUAUUAUAACAAGUAUAACUUAAUUGUUUUUAAUGACUAAAAAUAUAUUUUGAAAAAAAAUCACUUAACAAAUGUAUAAGAACGCAAAAAAAAUAUAGGGCUCUAAUAAUCCCUCCUCUAACAGAUUUAAUUUAUGAAUACAGUUUUCUAACACCACAAAAAUGAUUAGUGAAAUAAAAAGAAAUUUAUUUUCAUAAUACUAUAAUACAUACGGUUUUAUCUAAAAGAUGUCAUUUUGUGUUAAUCAUUUGUGUAGUGUUAGGAAAUUUAAUUUAAUAACUAUAAGUCAUUAGAGCCAUUAAAGGGAGACUUUACAAUCCCUCUAUCAUCUUUACUUUUUUAAAUGUUUUUAAACGCCUUUUUGUGGAUUAUAAAAUAAUAUAGAUCCGAACACUUUUUCUUAAAGGAAAUAUGACUGAGAAGAUACUUUAGAGAGGUAAUUUUCGAUUUUCCCAAGAGUUCUUCCCAGCAAAUGUAAAAAACCGAGGAAAUCGGUACAACAUUAAACAAUUAUUAUUAAAGAAAAUUUAAAAAGCCUAUUUAAUUAUUUUACUUUAAUAUGGCAUAUAUAUAGUUGAUUAAGCAUCUAUCAACUAAACUUUGUUCAGAAUCGUUUUUUCGUUAGCAAUGGUUUAUCGUCGCUUACAGAUAUACAUUAAAUUCUCUUCCGUAACCUACCUUCCCAAUUUCCAACCUUCAAUUGUGGCUGCAUGCGUCCCCAUCAUCCUAGGACAGCUUUUUUGUAUAUUUUAUUAUAAUAAAUACGCAUUUUGUUAGCCCGAAUUUUUUUUAGCAAUGAACAAUCGCUGCGUACGUAAAUACAUUGAAUUUCCUCUCUACUUUCUCAACCUCAAAGGUAGACCAUCUCACAUGUGAACUAUGUCCGUUUUUUAUUAUUUUCCUUAUUUAUUUCCUAUAUUAUAACGGUUUAUAGUUUUAUUUUAUCGUUUAUCACCGAAUAUACCGUGCUAUUAUAAUAUCACUAUCAAUUUGUUACCAUUUUUCUUUCCUUUAGCGUCAUAGUCUUAAGUACACAGUACACACCCACUAGCACAUUAUAGAUUGACGACCACGUCCACUUCCUACCAAGUGCUGUUACACGUACACACACAAACACAACAGGCACAUUAAGGCAGAGUAUGCAUUUGUUGGUAUAUCGACUAUUAUUGUUGAUUCCCGGGUUACUUAGGUAGGUAUAGGCUCCUGUUAUAAGUAAAACCAAUACAUUCCUCACUUUGCUCAGAAUCUAUAAUGAGUGUUGCUUGAAAAAAAUUUAAAUUAACUAUACUUCAUUUUAUUACUAUAAUUUAAUAAAUGAAGUAUAAUAGUAUCAUAAAUAUAUCCUACGUAUUAUUUUUAGACAGUGAACAGUGAACACUUUUUAAUAUUCAAAAUUAUGAGAUCGAAUAGCUUUAAUAAUAGCUUUCAAUUAUCGAAAAAUAAAAAAUACCUAUUAAUAGGUAUUACUCACACUAAUAUAAUAUAACGAUUAUUAUCAAAAUUAUUAAAUAUACUUACAAUAUGGGUUAUAUGUUAUAAAAUAGGUAAAAUUACCUAUUAUAGGUACCUAUAAGUUUUCAGCCACUGUUAUACAUGUAUUACACUGUUUUGUAAAAUAUUGCAGCCAUGACAAAGUGACGGACGAAGAGCAAAUUGGUGACGUCUAUUUAAGGGGUUUAAUUUAGGCAAUAUAUACUCACAAUAUUUAUAAUAUACAUAUUUUAUGGCUUGCGUCUAUGUGCGUAGUAAAUGAUCAUUAGCGUGAAUGUGAUUCCAGUAAUGUCAGUUAAUAGAUACGGAUGUUACAUAUCCAUACGUACACAUUUAUAAUUACCAAUGCGAAAACCAAAUAUUAUAAUUUAAUCAUUUAAUAUUAGUAUAUAAGCACGUAUAAUGGACGUUUAAAAUUACAAUAAUGUCGGUUUAAAAUUAAUGUACCUACGUAGACGAUAUUUUUCUAUAAUUUAUAUUAUACACUGUGGUGAUUCACUGAACUGAAAAUACUCAUUAUCUCGAAGUAUUAACUUUUUAAGGAAUUUUUUUUACUUAAGAAAUAAAUAGUUCUAAAAUGUACAUUAUCAUUUUGUUUGUCAUCCUUAUUUUUGAAGGGAAGGUAGUGAAAAGACUAUCUAUAAUGAAAAUACCUCAAAUAGAUGGAGUUAUUGGUUAAAAUAAAUUGUUGUGAUGGAAUUUUUUAUUUCCCAUUUACGAGAUAUUCUACUUUAAAAUUUAGGUGGGGUGAGUAGUGGAUCACUAAGUAAUAAAAUUCCACACGUCAUGACGCCAAACAAAUGAUACUCCGCUACUUUCCCCCUACUCAAACUUAAAAGUGGAAUAUCUUGUGAAAGGGUUAACGGAAAUCAAAAGUAGUUAGUCGUUUAGCUCCCAAAAAUAUUGGUUAUAAACAAAUGAUAAUGUAACAUUUUAGAACUAUUUGUUUUUUUAAGUUUUGAAACAAAAAAAUAAAAAAAAUCCAAGAUAAUGAGUGUUCACAGUCAAGUGAAUCACCUUACUUACCUUAUAUCUUAAGUUCUAUUUCAGUGUAUUGUACUUGUGUGAAUACCGAUUUAACUAAGUGUAAAUUUAGUUCAUUGCCGAAUAUCAGCUAUUAUUUUAAAAAAUAUCUUUUUUUUUUUCAUCAGUAUUACACCGAAAAAAUGCCGUCUCUUACACAGUGCCGACCCAGACGUAUGUCUGUGUUACCUAUGCUUUUUGUCGGCCUUGUAUGUUUACAUCAAUAAUGGGUAUAAUUGUUGGAUUUUGGCUCUUGUUUUUUUUUUACAACUUUUUAGAAAACUGUUGGGAAUUUGAAAACAUUUGCAAAGAAAUCCGCAUCUUUUGAAGUACCUAGGGCAUGAAAAAAAUCAGACUUUUUUUACUUACCGAAAAAGUUAAAUAAAAACACAUCCAAACAUCUUUGUAAAUCUGUAACAGUUGCUUUUCUUCACUAUACUUGGAAUAUAAAAUACUAUAGCAAAAACUACCGAAAUAAAAUAUACUUACAAAUAGCAUUUAAUAGUAUUAAUUCUGAACUUCAUCACGAACAAGAAUAUCUUUAUUAACCUAUAUACCUAGCUAACCUACUUCACUAUAUUAUAACGUUCAGAUUUAAAAUGUAUAAUAAUAUAAUGCCCAGAUUUAAACAAAAAUUAACAGAAAAAACUAAUGGGUACCAAACACCUGUAUUUCGAUUUUUUUUUAAAUAUUAAGCUUUCGGUACCAAUUCGUUUUUCUUCUACUUGGUUUUCAUUCCGACUAUUUUGGGUCAGCCACUCUUUUCUUAAAUUUCUAUUUGAACCGAUUAUUAUCCUCACAUACACUGGCUAUCUAUAUAUCAUUCUUAAUCGUAUCCAACCACCUCUGUUUCGGCCUUUCUCUCUUCCUACGUUUAUUUUAAUUACCAUUCUUAUUGUUUCUAAUUCCUCUCUCCUGAUAUGCUUAAAUCAUUCCUAUAAUUUCCGAUUUCAGUACCUAUUAAUUUAAAAAUCAUAUACCGGGCGAUUCAUUUAAGUACACUCAUUAUCUCAGAAAGUAUUAUAUUUUUCCAGAAUUUGUUUUCUAGAAUAUUUAAGAAACAAGCUACUUUACAAUUUUAUAUAUAUAUGUUAUUUUUUAUCACCUUUAUUUUUGGAGGUAAAACCAUUACUUUUGAUUUUCAAAUGAUAACCUAUAUUAAAAUAUCUAUAAAUAGAUGGAGUAUGAGUUAAAAUAAAUUUGAAUUUUAAAAUGUUUGAUUUUCGUCAAUCCGUUGACAAGAUAUUCCACUUUUAAGUUUGGAUUGGAGGAGAAUGCUGGUGCAUUAUUAACACACCGCGCGCCGUACUGCUCCACAAAUAAUACUCCACUACUUUUCUCUAACCCAAACUUAAAAGUGGAAUAUCUCGUCAACGGCCUGAUAGAAAUUAAAAAUUUCAACACUCAAAUUUAUUUUAACUAAUAUUCCAUCUAUUUAUGGAUAUUUUAAUAUAGGUUAUCAUUUGAAAAUCAAAAGUAGGUAGUGGUUUUCCCCCAAAAAUAAAGGUGACAAAAAAAAACACAUAAAUGUAUAAUUGUAGAGUAGUUUGUUUCUUAAAUUUUCUAGAAAAAAAUUCCAGUAAAAGUUAAUACUUUCUGAAAUAAUAAGUAUAUCCACUUAAAUGAAUCACCUGGUAUGUAUAUAUAAUAAUUAUGAUUAAAUAAUCUACACAUGAAUAUUUCUAUGUAUUCAACUGUAAUAUAGUUUUAAUUUGAUAAUUACAUUAUUUGAUGUUUGAUUGUUUGAGAUAAAUAAUUACAAGAUGCCUACAAAAAUAAAAAAAUAAAAUUGAUUAUUUAUAAUAUAUGAGUUACUUGAUAGGGUUUUUAUCUGGCAAUAUAUAAAUUAACAAAGAAAAAAGUAAAGAUGACAUUUUGAUUUGACCUUUCAACGAUUUCCCAAUUGGAUAAAAUUGAUACACCAGGGACAUUUUAGUCCAAUUUGUUCCUACAGUUCUAAAUGUCUUCAGAAAAAUUUUAUUGGGCGAGAUAUUUUUGAAUUACCUACUUAAAAAUAUUUAUUUUUUUACAAAACUUAUUAAAUUGUCCACAACAUAGAUAAUUAAAUGUCCACGGAUAAAAAAAAAAUAUUUUUUUUGGAAAAUUAAACAUCAAUUACUUAUCUAACAUAUUAUAUAAAUAACAAACAAUAUCAUUAUUUAUUAUUAUUAAUAUAAUUGUUUUUACUAUUAUUAAUUUUUUUUUUUUAAUUUCAGGAACUUUGUUGGGAAUACUAUUUCUACUGUUUGGUAUUUUUUGCUUCGUAAUAGAUAAGAAACUAUAA